AUGUCGGAUUUCUGGUCGACUCCGGUGAUUCCACCCGAUUUGGGACAUGAGGAAACUGUGCAAUGCAUUCUGAAAGCAAGUGAAAACUUUUUAAAGGUAUCAAACGAAAUUUUCAACACAUUGGAUGAGAGAAUACGGGGAAUUGAAGAAAGAACGAUAAAAGCAAGAGAAAGAACAAAAGAGUUGCGGGGAAAAGUGACUGCAGUAAAAGAGUUGAACAAAUCCCUUAUAAUCGAGGCCCCAUCUCGUCUUUCAAUCGAUGAAUGCCCACUUCGAAUUGGUGUCAAUUUAUCAUCUGGCACACUUCAUCCAUCAGAUGAACUGAUUUUUGAAUCAUCACUGCAAUUAAGACUACUUCAUGGGGAAAUCGAUUUGAAAAGAAUUUUGGAUGAAAAGAAACAAUUCUUCCUUCCAUCACAAAUGAUCAAAAAGAAACAUACAAGACAAAAAGCUUCAAUCAACGUCCCGUCACAAUUGAGUUCGUUGACUGAUCUGUUCUAUUAUGAUUCACGAAAAGUCGCCUAUGAUAAUGUAAUGUUGUCAGUACAACGACGAAGACAAAAUAGUGAAACGACAACGAAAACGAGUGACUCGCUUGGGGGAUUCUCGAAUGGACCAAUCACUUCAGCUAUUGGAUAUCGAGUCAAAGAAAAUGAUCCAUUUGCAUAUCGACCCGAUAAUGUUAUAUUGGAUGAAAUCGAUUUACCUAGUAUUCUACCUGAUCUACCGGGUGUGGCCGAAGAUAUCGGUUUCUUUGAUGGUGAUCUCCUUUCAUCAUCUUCUCUAUUGGAGUUACCCCCAUCACUGCCCGAUUUCACUCAAACACAUGUUUCUCAAGAAAAGACCCAACUGAUCACUCCCACUCCACCAGAUGUCCAGGCUUCAUCUGUGCCAAUUGUUCCCAUCUCUCAGCCACCUCCUCCUCCUUCUGUUCCUCCACCCCCUCCAAUAUCAUCUUCAGCAUCAAUUUCUGCUUCUCUUCCACCGCCACCGCCCCCACCUCCGCCAAUGCUUUCCCCUUCAUCCCCACCCCCUCCUCCUCCUCCACCUCCAAUCUUGCCUCCUCCACCCCCACUUCAAAAAAGUCUUACAAGUUCAGCAGAUACAGGAAGAGCCAACUUAAUGGAAGCAAUACGGGCGGCUGGUGGCACAGGGAAAGCACGGUUGAAAAAAGUUGACAACGAUGAAGAGACGCAAAGGUCGAGAAAGGGAAAAAAAGAAGUUGAAACAAAACACAAAUCGGCUCUCCCGCCAAGCGGUGGUGAUUUGAUGUCAGCAUUGGCAAAAGCAUUGGAUGCAAGAAGGAAAUAUAUCUCUGGUAGACAUGAAAGAAUUGAUGAUGAUGGAGGAGAUGCAACAACAUCGAAUCGAAUCCCUCCACCACCAAAUAUGGGAAAAGGAGGAGGAAAUGAUGAUGAAGAUUGGGAU